AUGAAUAAAACCCUCUUGCUCGACGGGCAAUAUUAGGAUGCGGCUACUAAUAGCUCAUACACAUCAAAGAAGAAGCUUCUUCAGAAUGCUGCAGCUUUCUCUGUGGGAGUAGCAUUAACUUACGCUUUGAUCACACAGCCUUCUACAUCAGGCUUAGAUGCAGUCGAUAGUUCUUAAUCACUCUGGUUGGUGGAGCCCAAGAAUAAGUAUGAGUGGAACUAGACAACCUCUCUUGAUUGGAGCUAGACUAGUCACUUCGUUAAUGUUGCAACCUCUCCUUUUGGAGAUCUUUAUGGAAUCCAACAAUAUGGAGUAGAUCAAAACACCUAUCAAUCCGCCUACAGAUUCAACUUUGUCAACGGAGAUUGGGCCACCUUCGACAAGGACUUGCAAAUAAAGGACAUCAAGUUUGACAAGAUUGGAAACUUCUAUAUCCUUGAUACUGAGAACAAUCUUUAUGCACAGAAUUCAAAGACAUCUAUCAUCCUUAAGAACAUCUAAGACUUUGAAGUCACUACAUCAAACUAGAUAUAUGCGAUCUCAACCAACGUUAAAGAAUCUAACUCUUAAUAAUUACUUAACACUUGGAUCUCUGGAGAGGGCUUCCAGUAUAAACUCUUAUCUCCCUCAUUGUUCUCUAAGCUUGCCUUGAAAGAUGAGAUCCCCAUCUACGUUGAUACUAAUGGAGUCACUGUUGGAUAUGGAUAUCAAUGCGUAAAUGAUAUCACCGUCGGUGUCGAUGGCAGUGUCUGGGCUCUAAGUUGCACUCAAGAUAUUGAAUCAGACAACUUCCAACUCAUUAAGUGGGAUCCCUUCACACUCUAAUGGUAUGAUGUCAGAGAUACCUUUGGAGUUAAGAUCGCCGCAUACAAUGAAAUUUCCGUCUCAGUUUUAGAUUCCUUUGGAAGAAUCAGAUUCUCCUCAGAGAAGAAGAGAUACACUGAUGUCAAGUAUUACAAGCAAACAAAGAGUACUACACUCUUCGCUGACUCAAAGAUCCUUAACAGCACCAGCUUGGAAUUCGUUCAGAGCCUUCUAGUCAAGAAAUACUCAAUCUCAGUUCUAUGCUACAGAGCAAGCGUGGCUGGAUUCACAACUUAAAACUUCCAUACAGGCUGUGAUUACAAAGGACCAACUUUGACAAUUAUUAGGGGAUCUACUGGUAAGAUUGCAGGAGGCUAUACAAGCUAAGCCUGGAAGAGCGCUGCUAACUAUAUUGUAGACAAGGAAGCCUUCUUAUUCUAGGCUGACACCUAAGUCGUAAUCCCAGUAGUCACAGGAGGAUCAAACGCUAUUUAUGAUAACGUGAAUUACGGACCUACAUUUGGAGGUGGUCACGAUCUCUAUGUUGCUGCUGGUUCAAAUGCCAACCAAAACAGCUACACAAAUCUAGGAAAUAACUACAAGCUUCCUAGCACUGUUCCAGCAGGUACUGACCCCAAGACUUAUCUUCUUGGAGCUUACAACUUCAUCACCUCUGACAUAGAAGUGUAUUACCUUAUUUGA